GGACAUCUGUGCGGGACUUGUGAGUGUCUCCUCGCUUGUUUCGGAGUACAGCUUCCCCCAACCAACAACCAAGAUGCCCGAGAUGUCGGAAGAAGAGAUCAGGAAGAUGGAGGAGAAGGAGCGCAAGAAGGCCGAGGUCAGGCGGCGUCUCGAGGAAGCCUCGAAGGCCAAGAAGGGAGGCAAAGGAGGCUUCAUGACACCGGAAAGGAAGAAGAAACUCAGGGCACUGCUGCGUAAAAAAGCCGCCGAUGAGCUGAAGAAAGAACAGGAACGCAAGGCCGAACAGAGAAGGACGACGAUUGCUCAGCGCUGCGGGAACCCCAAACCUGUCGAUUCCGCCAACGAAGCCACCCUGCAGCAGAUCCUUAAAGAUUACCAGAAACGCAUCACCGAGCUCGAAGACAAGAAGUACGACCUCGAAUACGAAGUCCGACAGAAGGAUUUCUUGAUCAACGAGCUGAAUAUCCAAGUGAACGAUCUUCGUGGCAAGUUCGUCAAACCCGCUCUCAAGAAAGUGUCCAAGUUCGACAAGCUCAAGGUCAGAACAGACAAGACAGAAAUCGAUUUCCGUGCCGGACUCAAGCAAGUCAAGAAGGAGUUCAAGGAACUCACCGAGGACGUCAAGCCAGUCGAAAAACCGGAAUGGGCCCUGGGUGCCAAGAAAGAGGCCGAAGGCGAGGCUGAGGAAUAGACCGAAUCCGGAACUCUACAAAGCGAAGUUUUUCUAUGAAACAUUUGUCAAUAACAACAAGGAGCACAAACGAUCUAUUGCAUAAUCUUGCAAGGAGUCCCUCUACUGAAGAUCGAACAAUGAUGACGUUAUAAUCGAUGAAUCAUUCAUCCAAUAUCGAUGAUUUCAAUAAACGUAUGCUGUAUUAAA